CAAAGGGUGGCAAAAUGACAGUGUUUACAGUAGUCCUUUAUCGCACAGCUAGAAUACCCAUAAGUACUAGGUACUAAAAUCUAAUAAUAAACAGUGUUUCUUCGGACGUUCAACUUCCGGUUUGAUACAUUCGUCGUUAUUGUUCUUCAAAAAUAAUGAAGUUAUUAUACAAUUUAUUUAUAAUAAUCAUACAAUUAGUUUUGGAAAAUAAUAAUGAUAGAUGUAUCAAAGGAUACAAAAAUCAUCGAGUGAAAAUUUUAUAUUUCUUUAGAGGUGUUUAUAUACUCUUAUUUACAUUCAACUUAUUGUAAAUAACUUUAUGAUAUCUGAACUCGAUUCUCUGGUGAGAAAAUUAAUGUUGCAUUAGAUAUCGAUUAAAAGUCAUAUACCUAGUUUUAAAUGAAAUCGAUUCUUCUAGUAUCUGGUUUCAGAUCGCAUCCCUACGUUCUACAAAUAAUCAACUAAAUAUAUUGAUAAAUACAAAUAUUCGAAAGGAUUUUUGAGGAUUCUGAAGAAAACGUUUAGAUAGUAUUUUAUGUCUUGUUUAUCUAUUAACUCUACCUUAUGUAAUAAAUAAGUCGAUAGUUUUAUAUUCUAAUUGGUAUAAAACAGUCUUUGUAUCAUCAUUAUGAUACGUUUUUUGUUUGACAAAAUAUAAAGGAAUCCAUACAACAUUGUGCGUGUAUUAUCUCAGUAAUAUAAAAUCUAAGUAAUGACAAGUUUUCAUGAACGACAGAAGAGCCUCUUCAAUCAACUCAAAGAUGCCGAAGAACAAUAUAGUUUUUCCAAAUCAAAUAAAGUUUCCGCCGAGCAAGAUUUUGGAACAAUAGAUAGACAAACAUACAGAAAAGUAAAACAUGAAAUGAGACAAUUCAGAGGAAAAGAGAGUAUUUUCAAAAGACCUGAAGCAAAUAUUCGAGAAUGUUUGAGAGCCAAAUCAGUACCAGGUUACAUUAAAAAUCCCAAAAAAUGGAGUUAUUACACACUUUCUGAUGUAACACCUGAUCAGAUGUCUGAUUCUACAAACACAGCUACAGCCCUAGCAUUUAUUCAAGAAAUGGAGAAUAAGGAAAUGGCUAGCACAAAACCAGAGUCCAACAACAGUCAAGAUGACUUUAUUUUCAAAAAACCCACUUUCCGGGUUUCCUCUACAGUUAAAAGAGGAAACUUUUCUGAUAAUGAAAAUAUUGCAGAAAUUAAAAACAAUAAAAUCAUAAUGCCUGAGUAUGUUGUAGGAGUGUCAAAAAAAAGGGAUAAAAAAGUUAUAAGGCCUAGGCGCAAGUCUGUUGAUAUAACCAAGAGGGCAGAUCUAAAACUAGAUCACCUUUAUGAAGAUAAUGAAGCUGAAUAA